AGGUUGUUACGCAGAAGUAAAAAGUAUUUUCUUCAAAUUCAAGUAAUGCACGGUUUGACCCUCGUAAGACCGGUUAACAUCAGUUACCUUAAUAUUCAUUAGACAAUAAUAAUGCAAGGUUCGGCUAAAUGCGAAGCGACUAAAAGACAGGGCACUUGGAUGAAACAUAUCAGUUGCAAUUUCAAGCGAUUGUGCGAACGUGAUCGUAAAUCGUCGUCGAUGUAGAAUAGUGUGUGCAAAAGCGAGUCCUCCAAUGAUUGUCGAUAAGGAGGAAAAGAUCGAACUCCUGAGGAAAAUGAUUGAGGACGAACCGGCGUUAUGCAAUUUUCCAUAUGAAAAUGACAAACUACUGGAGAGAUUCCUCCGGGGGACAGAGUUCGAUGUUGAGGAGGCUUUUAAAAAAAUUAAGUUGUACUACAAACUGAUCUUAGAACAUCCUGAAUGGUUUACCAAAGAGGCGCCACUGAAUCGAAAGGAUUUGCUGGAAAAGGAUGUGCGUAUAGCCUUACCAGCAGUUACGGACAAGGAUGGUCGUCCAGUUUAUGUGGCUAAAUUAGUGAAMCAAAUUUCAGGAAACUGUGACCCUUCCAAAAUGGCCCUUCUAGACGUUAUUGCUGUAGACGAUAUAUGGAUUGAAUCAAUUCUACUCAACAGUGAUCCAGAGAAAGGACUGUGCGUUCUUUUGGACAUAGCAAAUCUACCUUGGAAGUCCAUCAAAUGGCUCACACCUCACAAUAUCAUGGUGGGAUUGAAAAAGCUGCAGUGUUUGCCAUUUAAGGACUUCAGGUUCCAUGUGGUCAACAACUCCUUUAUUCUAAAUGCUGCGCUGAAGAUUGUCUGGCCAUUUUUGCCUGAAGAUAUAAAAAAAACUGUGAAGUUCCAUUUCAACAAUCGCGAUUCUCUUCAUGGUUUUAUUGAUCCCGAUGUCCUACCAGAUGAAUAUGGCGGCCGGAAGGGCGAUAUUAAUUAUAGUGAGAUCUACGAGCAGCUCUAUGCUCAAAAUGAGGAAAUUUUCGAGAGCCUACAACUGCAAAGAAAUCUUGUUGUAAUAAACUGAAAAAUGUAGCA